AUGUUAAAGUGUUGCCUUGGCGAAAAUUUUGUAUUUUUUUCUGAGACAUACCACAAAAUAGCAGGAGAGGAAAAUUUUAAGAAUUCUGAAUUGAACAAAGUCCUUGCGCAAAGCAUUUACAACAACAUAAAGAACAACCUUGAUUACAUAAACGAAACCCAGUACAGUUCUCAUAAAUAUAGCAAUUACCAGGGAGACAUAUCGGCUGAUCAACUAGGUGGAAGAGCAAAAUUAGACAGAAAUAACUGUGUUAUAAAAUUAAAAUAUAACGAAGAAAAAGGUGAACGCGGGUAUGAGUUUGGGUGUGAGUGUGAAUGUAAGUUCGAGUGCGAAUAUGAAUGCAAAUACAAAUGCAGAUGUUUGCGAAAUAAGAAAAUUCUAGCAAGUAACCCAUCUUUUGUAUAUACUACCAAUACGGCAACAGUUCCCCAUCUUAAAACGCAUAAUAUUUUGAAGAACAAUAAGAAUACGAUAGAAAUUCACCAGUGUAUUCCUUCUUUGAAUUCUGAAAGCUUCGAAAAAUCUGAAAGUUUGGAAAAAUCUGAAAGUUUGGAAAAAUCUGAAAGUCUCGAAAAAUCUGAAAGUUUGGAAAAAUCUGAAAGUCUGGAAAAAUCUGAAAGUCUGGAAAAAUCUGAAAGUUCGGAAAAAUCUGAAAGUUUGGAAAAAUCUGAAAGUUCGGAAAAAUCUGAAAGUUUGGAAAAAUCUGAAAGUCUGGAAAAAUCUGAAAGUUUCGAAUAUUCUGAAUAUUCACAUGAACAGCAAGGAGAAAUGAAUGACCCAAGAUAUAAUGAGUAUCCCCCGAUGAAUACAUAUGGGUACAGUCACCAUAACACAAGUAAUGCAAAUGGAUUUUGUGCAAAUACCUAUAAUAGAGAACGGGCAAAUUUAACUAUGCAACAACAUAAUAUGCACGGUAGAAAUAAUUUAAUGUUUGAAAAUGGCAAUGUUCCAUAUGGCCUUUAUGACCAGUCAAAUUACACAGGUACAAAUUCUCUUAUGUGUGGAAAUGUUGACCCGAAUGAACCAAGAAUGAUGUACAGGAAAAAUGAAAUGAUCGAACCAUUUUAUAACAACAAUCCAAUGGCUAAUAAUAUGGGUUAUAACCUACCUGUUAUACCAUACCGACCGUGUAAUUACCCUUAUAUGAAGCAAGAUUCAAUGAAAGAAGGUUAUAUGCAUAACUGCAAUUAUAAAAACACCAAAAAGAAUAAUGUAAUUUCUAAAUCUCUUUCCGAUGUUACUGUUAAUAAAAAUCAUAAAAAAGAAAUGUGCAGAAAAAACAUAUCAAAAGUAAAAAAAGGAGAUAUAGACAUUAACAUAGAAACAUCAUCUUCUAAUCGUAAGGGCAUUGUAAUCGAUUUAAAUAUUGGAAUGGGGAAUUAA